CGACAGCAGACCGCGUUAGCGUCUUACAGAAAAUUUGAUGUACAUAUGUUUUGAAAACUUGGAUACGGAUCGUUUUACUAACAAUGUUGUCUUGUUGUUAACCUCUGAAUAAGAAUAGGAAGAACUGUGAAUGCCCUCAGUGACAUUGGCAGCGAUAGAAUGGCUUCCCUCUUGUCACCUGUCACAGUUGGUUUACAGCGCACUAUAUUUGCAGGUGCAGGAGCGUGCCGGACUGUUUCGAGAGGUCUGCGGGGAAAGUGUGUGUUUCCAACUGCUGUCUGUAGCAGAAAGUUUCAUCUUGCGCGGGCUUGUGGAUUCUUCUCACGCGGUGGUGCUGCUGGCAGUGAGCAGGAGACCCUGGCUUCCAUCGCUAAAAGACUUGGAGACCAUCAGUUCAAGAAGGUUGUGGUGAUGGCAGGGGCAGGGAUCAGCACUCCCAGCGGCAUCCCAGACUUUAGGUCCCCUGGCAGUGGUCUCUAUGACAACCUGCAGCAGUACAACCUGCCUUAUGCUGAGGCCAUAUUUGAAAUCAAUUUUUUCCACCACAACCCUGAACCAUUCUUUGCACUGGCCAAAGAGCUGUACCCAGGAAAUUAUCAGCCAAACCUCACACACUACUUUGUUCAACUGCUUCACAAGAAGGGCCUGCUUCUCAGAAUGUACACACAAAACAUUGACGGUCUGGAACGAUUGGCAGGGAUUCCUCCAGAGAUGCUAGUGGAAGCCCACGGAUCGUUUUCGACUGCGACCUGCACUGUGUGUCGGAGGAAAUACGAGGGAGCUGACUUGCGACCAGAUGUGAUGAGUGGAACAGUCCCAAAGUGUCCGACCUGUAAGGGAGUCGUGAAGCCGGAUAUUGUCUUUUUUGGAGAAGAGCUUCCAGUCCAUUUCUUCAAGUACCUGACAGACUUUCCACAGGCAGAUCUCCUCAUCAUCAUGGGUACGUCACUUGAGGUGGAGCCCUUUGCCAGUCUAGCCUGGGCAGUUCGCAGCUCAGUUCCUCGACUGCUCAUCAACAGAGACUUGGUGGGUCCUUUCGCAGCUGCUCGCAGAAGACCUCAUGAUGUCGUGCAACAGGGUGAUGUAGUCAGUGGGGUGCAGACGUUUGUGGAUGAGCUUGGAUGGGCACAGGACUUGGAGGAGUUGAUGAAGAAUGCUGCUAAGAUAGCCACUACGAAGGCAGAAGAAUGAAGCCGGAGCCUAGCUUAAGGUUCUCCUCAGGCCCAGUGACAUAUGUUCUGUUAAAGAGAUAAUAUGCGAGGGAUGGACUCUUCCCGAUGCUGCCAACAAAAGCUGAGUUUUCAAUGCAAGAAAAAGAAGAAAAAAUACCAUUUGCAAUCCAGACCUUCUCAGUUAUCCUACUCAGAUUUACUUUAUCCUCAUUUAAAUAACAACUUGAACAGACCCUGAACCAAAUGUGGAGUCUUGCAUCACGAUCCUGUUGUCAUAAACAACUUUGUAAUAGUAAUAUUUUAUUUUGUAACCCUGAACUGUAAAACAGGUCAUUACAACAGCAACGGGAGUCACAAUCAUGAGGUGACUCAAGGGUGAAUUAAAUGCAAAACGGUAAAUUGGCCAGCAGAUGGCGCCAAAUCACCUGGUUGCCUUUUGACCGAGACAGGCGUGUCAAGUCCAGGUACGGCGUCUUACGCGCUUUAUGGGGUCCUUCCGGCCGGAGUCACCCCGACAAUAAACAGUUGACAAGUACUUGACAGUAGCUGAAUCCAUGAAUCCUCUAAUCCGUGAACGUUUUCUGUCUGACAGUCAUUCAGAAACAUGAAGCAGGUACUAUCUUGCAGAUGCAGUCUGCUACCUUUUAAAAAUCCCGGGGCAAUGGAUGACUCACCGGGCGAGACAGCCUCAAUGCAAAAAUCUGUCUCGGUCUUUGUCUCAUGUUUUAUCAGUGAGUGGUUAAAAAAAGUUACACAUUCAAAACAUCUCAUCACUUAUAAUUUAACUCAAACAAAAGCUGAUAGUACUUAAACAUUCUUACACUGUCGUGUUACUCUGACUUUAUGCUAUUAAGAGUGUUUGGAAUUGUAAAAUCUCCAGCUAUAAAUUAAUAUUACAUGUAACACGUCCAAACUUGGGCAAUGCUCACAUUCAAAUAGCAGGUAGACACUGAAGUGCUAUCGUUAUUUUAAUAAAUAUAUAAUAAUAAAAAUAGUAGUCUGAACAAUGGGUCCGUACUUAUAAUAUUAUAAUAAAUUAAGUUAUUUUGUCAAAAUCACUAAAGUGAAGAUAAAAAUGUUGUUGAGAGUGGUGAACAUUAAACAUAAAACUUGUGUGUCUUGUCCAGAAAUAAGGUCUGUGGGUUCAUGAGAGGGUACUCUACUCUACACCUCUCACCGAUUCAACAAAAAAUGUUCCCCAACUCCCGUGACCAACCUGUCAAUCAGCCAGCAACUGCAUAUGCGGAGCCUAGACAAGAAUCACUGGUUCAUAUAUGUACGCCCUGAGGCGGAAAUAGGUCAAUGAUGUGUCACUUUUAUGAACGGAACAACUUCUUGGAUAUAGAAUAUUUUUCCUGAUCCUUGAAAAGUACGAACCCAUUCUUCAGACUAUAAUUAAACAUAUUUAUUUAGUGAUUUUUCUAAUGUCUUCACGGUAUGUUGGCGAGUGUUUACCGAUGUUUUGUCCUUUCAUUCAUUCAAUGGCUGCUGGUGAAAAACACAUUCAGGCAAACCCCAUUAGGCCAUCAGACAAGUGCCCCUCAGCCUCCAGAUUGUAGUGUGCUGAUUGGGUGGAUUUCUGGGCCAUGUGACCCACUCAACAGUAGCGGUCAGGACUAAAACAAAAUUCCUUUUUAGGCAUGUGGCCAGCUGCAGGACGGAAUCCAAAUUGGAAAGAGAAGUGGCAUUUCUGAGAAGCCUACUGUCACUUCAUUUCCCUUGGAGUCGACAAGUCAUACAGACCUUCCAAAAAAUGUGAGCCAGGCUCUGUGACUCGUCAUCAGUUCCAAUAAUUCAACUUUUUUUUUUUUUUUUUUUUUUUUUUGACGGUUGACUCUUACAAAUGAUCAGCGCUUUCAUAGUUGUAGUGUGUUAUGGGACUUUUACUGAUGAGCCCGCAGAACUUACAGAGGCCGCAUUUCUCUGAUUCUAUUUUUUUAAUUGUUAAUGUAAGAACGUGACAUAGUCAUAGACACAUCUCUAAAAUUAUAGUAUUCAUGGUACAUGAUUUCUGGUACGUCAACGUCACAUGACAAAUUCUUUUCGGUAAAUCCAUGAAACGUAACAAACAACAUAUUUAACAUAUUUAUUGAUCAUGACUUAAAGAAAUAUAAACGUUGCUUUUAAAUAGUAAACCAAUGCACCUUACGGCUUCAUGCAGGCACCAUGAGGAGUGGAGCACUCUGUGGUGUAAUAUCAAAAACCUCGACCAACAAUGUGUUGCCGCUCAUUAAAACAUGUAUUCGACUAAUGAUGGCCAAAUGUAGUAUGUAAUCAGGACUAAAACAAAAUUCCUUUUUAGGCAUGUGGCCAGCUGCAGGACGGAAUCCAAAUUGGAAAGAGAAGUGGCAUUUCUGAGAAGCCUACUGUCACUUCAUUUCCCUUGGAGUCGACAAGUCAUACAAACCUUCCAAAAAAUGUGAGCCAGGCUCUGUGACUCAUCAUCAGUUCCAAUAAUUCAACUUUUUUUUUUUUGACGGUUGACUCUUACAAAUGAUCAGCGCUUUCAUAGUUUUCAUCAUUUUUUUUUUUUUUUUUUUUUUUUUUUAAUAAAAUGCAUUGU